AAAAAAUAUGUUAAUAUAUGGUAAUAUUAAGAUCCUGUGCCGUGUUCUUUAACUUGUAAAACAGCGCCACUGUGGUUGCUUCGGGGUAGUACAUGGAAUAAGUGGUUGCCAUGGUACGGCGUUGAGAGGCUGCAUGCAUGGAAAACAUUACUAAAAGUGUUUACAGAAAAGAAACGAUUGACAUGCUAGCACGAGCGGCUGUCAACCAUCGCUCACCCCGGUCUUUCUGGAGACAUUAGUGUCCUGGAACUACUGCAAAGAUAAUCAGGAAUGUGGAAACGAUUCAGGAGAAUGAAGAGGAGCCAGAGAGCGUGAAGAAGACGAAAGAUAAUGUGUGACCACAUGGAGUCUGACAAAGCACUUGACUCGUAUGGAGACAGUCGGGAUCAAAGCCGAAAGUCCCAUCAGAGUUUAUCCAAAGAUUCCAAACCAUCUUCCUCAAGGAAAAACCAGAACAGCCUUCAAGACCGGAUUCACAACGAGGAUGAGAAAAAUAGCUCCUGUAACAGCAAAUCCAAAACAAGGAGGUGGGACUCGGAUCCAGAUCGGGACCAUGUGUCCGACGAAGAGGAAAGACGAAGCGACGGCUCAUAUUAUUCCGACGACUAUGAUAGGGAAAGCCUUUCAGAGCGCUCGCUGUCUUCGUUUUCCCGUUCUCGGACGCCGUCACCCGCCUUACAACAAGGGAUGAGAGCAAAGCAAGCUCCUAGAAACGCUCACCGAAAAGCAGGGGGUGCUGGGCGCUGGGGCGUGUCUCGUCCAGCUGGCCUUUCCCUGACCCAGCAGCAUCACAGGGGAACCCGAUCUCUAAGUAAGGACUCAUCACCUCCCAAAGACCUGGACCUGGUGACCAAGCGGAUGCUUUCUGCCCGCCUCCUGAAGAUCAAUGAGCUGCGCAACGCUCUGACUGAACUGCAGCAGAGCAUGGAGGAUCUAAAGAAGGAAAAUCGAGUCCUCAAACAGCUUCAAGCGCGUCAAGAGAAAGCUCUGCGGCGUUACGACGACACGGAAAGUGAGAUUUCUCUUUUACUAGCACGCCACUCCAAUGAGACCCACGUCCUCCGAGAGAGACUCAGACGCACGCAGGAGCGGGAGCGCGUGGCAGAGCAGCGUCUAAAGGACGCCGAGGAGCAGCUGCAAAAGAGGCGGGCGACUAUUGUGCGGCUGAAGAAACUGGUCGACCAACGAGAACUCGGAACCAGAGACGAGCUAAGUCGCCGGCUGGAUGAAGAGAAAAUGAAAACCCAAGAAGCACAGCAGAGGAUAAAAGACCUGGAACGGAAUCUGGAGCUCACCAACAGCAGCUUUCAAAGACAAAUAGCUGUGGAGAAGAAGAAGACCGUAAGCGCUCAGGAGGAGGUCCGGUCUCUGCAGGAGGAGCUGCAACGACUGACCAACAAACUUAAGGAAAAAGAAAGAGAUCUGGAUACUAAGAAUAUUUAUGCCAACCGCAUGGCGAAAGCAUCAAAGAAAGACUCUGAAGGAGGCACCAAGCGGAAAAUUCCCGGCUCAGGCAGCUCCAAGGGCGUUCAGACUGAUGACAGAUUGUCAAGUCUGGAUUUUCCCACGCCGCCCCCUGCCAUCUGCGAUGCCAACGAAAUAAGUCACCAGCCACUCGGAGAAUACAUUUCACUUCAGCAGGAAGUUGACCGAAGCGACAGGCAGACGACUCAGAAGACGGAGAGAACAGGAAAGGAGAAACACCUGGACUUCAAAAUAAAGCUGGACCCGGGUGUUCCUGAAGAGAAGCCCAAGAGAUUAAGAGAGGGCUUGGAGAAGGAAAAGGAGGAAGAGGAGAAAAGAACGACGGCAGAUUUGGGGGUAAACCAGAAGGAAGGAGGGGCCCUCUGGAAGCACGGCCAUGUCCAGGAAGAGGUGGCGAGGUGGAACCAGGAGUCAAUGUCCAAUCAGCAAGCAGCAGACGAAGUGCGACGGAAGAAAGAGCAGCUGCUGGCUAAAAUGCGAGAAAUAGACCAAGAAAACCUAGGAGCUCCGGACUCGAGGGUGGACGAGUCGAGUGUUCUCCUGAACAAAAAGAGCUCCAGUGACCAGACUUCUCCUCGCCCUCUGGUCCAGAGGCAGAAGAACUCUAGCACAGAACCCGAGGAGACGGGUCGGUUCCUGGCUGGAAUCAGAGAAGGUGGAAGGAGAAGACCGGGUUUAGAGAGUGGAGCUAUCACGGCGCCGCACACCCAAACUCCCACUGACGAAUUGGCGUUCGGAGGCUACGCCCCGUCGUUUGGACAUUCACCAGCCAGAGCCUCCUUCGGCUUCCCUCCCCCUCCACCAGAUCUGGACAGGAGCUCGGCGUUGGAAAGCAUCUGCGUCUUUAGUUUGAAAAGGUCAGAAACAGAGAAGGAUAAAGACACGGACAAGAAGGUGGUGAAGGACAAGAAGUCCCACCUCAUGCAGCAGCUCUUUGGGUCCACUGUGGACAGUUUGAGUCCUCCUAGUAAACCAGAGCUUCUCAGCAGCCCCCCACCUACAAAUGGCGUGCACUCACGCCGGGAAAGACUCAUCAACUUCAGCUCAGGGUCUCCAACCCAUCAGGCGUCCGUCAACUCUCUACGCGUGGAGGAAAGCCGACCCGCUGUCCGUGCCAUCCCUUCAUUUGACGACGAUUUAGAAGAACUCGCUCUAUGAAAAAUGUCCAAAAUAAACAAACGCUAGUAGGAUUUGAUUUAUAAAAGGAAGUAAGCUUAAAAGUACGAAGAGGGUUCCAUCAUUCCACACUUUAGCACUUUAUUCAGUUUGAAAAGUUCAGGAAUUGUUUUGGUCUGUUUAGAUAAUUUGUGAUUUAAUUUAUUCAUUUUUGUAUUUAUCUUCUUUGUGUGGGGAGAUUUGGUAGUUAAUGGAAAGUCAGAUCCUGUGAUGUAGUUUUUUUUAGGAGGAACUUGGUAAGAAUAUUAUGUGAUUUGACAUUUUAGUGUAUUGUUUGUCAAAUCCUCUGUAAAAUCCCUGGAUUCUGGGC